CAUGUAGUCGUUCGUCCGUCAUGUUGUAAUUAUUGAUAGUACAUAAAGUAAUUACAAAGUUUUGAUUAGUAUAUUCUGUAGAUGUUAUGAAGUCAACAUUUAAAGAAAGUAGACUAUAAACGUUAUAGUUUACGAAAAAAAAUGGCUAAUAGAACUGUGAAAGAUGCGAAAUCCAUUCAUGGAACAAACCCCCAGUAUUUGGUAGAGAAAAUAAUUCGUUCCCGCAUAUACGAUUCCAAGUACUGGAAAGAAGAAUGUUUCGCUCUUACUGCAGAACUUUUGGUGGACAAAGCCAUGGAACUGAGAUUUAUUGGUGGCGUUUUUGGAGGAAAUAUUAAACCAACUCCAUUUUUGUGUUUGACACUCAAAAUGCUGCAGAUUCAGCCCGAGAAGGACAUCGUUGUUGAGUUUAUAAAGAACGAAGAGUUCAAGUAUGUGAGAGCUCUGGGAGCUUUUUAUAUGAGGCUCACUGGAACUUCUUUGGAUUGUUAUAAGUAUUUGGAACCUCUUUACAACGACUACAGGAAACUGCGGAGACAGAAUCGCCAGGCACAGUUUGAAUUGAUUCAUAUGGAUGAAUUCAUUGACGAGUUACUCAGGGAAGAAAGGGUAUGUGACGUUAUUCUUCCUCGCACACAGAAGCGACAUGUUCUUGAAGAAAAUAAUGAAUUGGAACCCAGAAUUUCUGCUCUGGAAGACCUGUUGGAUGAAGAAAUCGAAUUGGAGGACGACUCGAAGUAUGAUGUGGUAGAGACAGCACCAAAAGAGGAGAAGAAACGAAAAAGAGAUAGGAGUCGGUCUAGAGAAAAACAGCAUAGCAGGGAUAAACAUAAAAAGGACAAAGAGAGGGAUCGUGAAAGAGAUUACAAA